UUCUUUUUUUUUUAAAAAAAAACUUUUUCUUUUCUCUUUAUUAACUUUAUUAUCAUGCCUAUACUCGAAGUUUAUUCCGCCAUUGCACCCAAGGACUUGAAGUCCUUUAUCAAACGCCUAAGUGCUGUCUUUGCCGAGCAAAUUGGUAAACCUGAAAGCUUCUGUUUGGUCACUUUUAGCAAAGUAGACAGCCUUGUAUUUAAUGGUACAGAUGAACCUGGUUACCUUUGUAAGGUUAUUUCUAUUGGACACAUUGAAAAUGAUCGUAAUUCCAAGUUGACUGCUGCCAUUACUGCUGAAUUAGAAAAGGAAUUGGGUGUUUCUGAUAAUCGCGGUUACUUUGCCUUUAGUGAUAUUGCUGCUGAAAACAUUGGUACAAGAAAAACCACAUUUGCCAAUAUUGUUCGUGAAAGACAAAAAUAAACUUUAAACUCCGUCCAGUUUAUUUCUCGGUUAAAAGUUCUUUUACUUUAUUGACAACAAAACAGAGCGUGUUCAAAAGAGCAGAGUGAGGCAAUAGGCUCUUUAGUGAAUACGCCACAUCUUUUUUUGUUGUUGUUGAAGAGAGUCGAGAGUGAUGAAAAGGAGCCUCUGUCUUAAUUAACAACAUUCGAUAUCUUAAUUUUUUGUCAUUAAUAACAAAUACGAAUUGGCAGUACGAAUCACAUAAUUUCAUACCGCAAGUAAUCUUGAAUAGAAAAAGUGUAAUUUAGAUUGAUUUCUGCGUAACAUUGGAAAUAUAAAGAUGA